AUGGCGGGCGGGGGCUGCCCGCCGCGCCUGGCGCUGCUGCUGCUGCUCGCCCUGCCGUGGCCGGGCCGCGCGGCGGCUGAGAACUGUGUAUGCAAAGGUAAAAGCCCCUGCUUUUGUGAUAGCGUGAAAGGCAAUAAGGGUGAAAAAGGCUUCCCUGGUGUUCCGGGACCACCUGGUCAUAGAGGCUUUCCAGGUCCAGAAGGGCCUCCAGGGCCACAGGGACCAAAGGGUUCACCAGGGCCUAUGGGCUUAGCAGGACCCAAAGGUAUACGAGGAGUCCCAGGAAUACCUGGAUUUUCAGGUCCCCCAGGCCUUCCAGGUGAACCAGGAAUUGCUGGCCACCCUGGGCGCUCAGGUGUUCCAGGUUGCAACGGCACAAAGGGUGAUCGAGGUUUCCCAGGUCCUCCAGGUAGAAGAGGUGCUCCAGGCGUUCCAGGUAUUGCUGGCAUCAAAGGAGAUAAGGGGUGCCCUGCAGAUGGAUAUGACCAAGGAUAUGGUGCAAAAGGUGAUCCUGGAUUGCCAGGAAUGCCUGGGCUUCAGGGUGCUCAGGGUGUUCAAGGAUAUCCUGGGGAAACUGGACCACGGGGCCUUCCAGGAACUUCCGGAGUACCAGGGAGACCAGGACCUCCUGGACCUAAGGGUCUUAUGGGAAUGAAAGUAAUAGGAACCAAAGGAAGAAAGGGAGACACUGGAUUAACUGGACCCCCUGGACCACCAGGAACUGUUAUUGUUACAUUAAGUGGACCAGAUAACAUGACGGACUUGAAAGGAGAGAAAGGAGAAAAAGGAUCAAGAGGACUUCCAGGGCCAAUGGGAUUUACAGGGCCAACUGGUGAUUCUCAGAGUGAAAAGGGUGACCGAGGAGAACCUGGAGCACAGGGUAAACCUGGUAAAGAAGGUGCUCCGGGUCGACCUGGAUUACCGGGACAACAUGGUGAACAGGGCAAACCAGGACUGGCUGGCAGACAAGGAGCUAAGGGUGUAAAAGGAAACACUGGUCCACCUGGAGCUUGUGGUCAAACAGAGUAUUAUGAUGUGGUUGGUGAAAAAGGAGAUGAAGGACCUCCAGGACCUCCAGGACCUAAAGGGCAACGUGGCAUGCCUGGGCCACAGGGUCCUCCUGGAGAUGCUGGUAGACCAGGUGUGUCAAGACCUGGUCUGAGAGGUCCCCCAGGAUUUCCUGGGCCAAAAGGAGCAAAAGGAGAAAAAGGACAGGUGGGCUUGUGUAUUAUAGGCCCUCCAGGACUGCCUGGGAUUACUGGCAGAAUUGGUUCUGUUGGGUUGCCAGGUCCUCCGGGAGAACCAGGUAGAGUAACUUUUAGAACAGGCCUACCAGGACUCCCUGGACAGCCAGGGUGUGCAGGACCUCCAGGACCUCCAGGAGACAUGGGCAUGAAAGGUGAUGAAGCUUGCGUGUGUACUGAUUGCAGCUAUAUUCCAGGAACACCUGGUCUUCCUGGUUCUCCUGGGCCACGUGGCCAGGAUGGCAUCCCUGGUAGAGAAGGAACACCAGGUCCCAAAGGAGCUCCAGGUUCUCCGGGUGCACCAGGGUUUCCAGGAGCUCAAGGACCUCCAGGUUUUAAAGGAGAUCAAGGACGUAAGGGCUCAAAAGGUGAGCCAGGGUAUGUGUAUCCAGAGGGACCAAAAGGGGAGCAAGGAGAUCCAGGACCCAGGGGAGACAAAGGAAGAAAAGGAUCAAGUGGAUUUCUGGGAAGACCCGGCUCUAAAGGUCACAAAGGUUCCAAAGGUGAAGAGGGAUUGGCUGGUUCAAAAGGAGAUAGAGGACAGCCUGGAUUGCCUGGUAACCCUGGUUUUCCUGGAGAGAUGGGGCUUCCUGGACUGCCAGGAUAUGGACCACAAGGAAUAAGAGGUGUCAAAGGCUCUAAAGGAUUGCCUGGUCCACGUGGAUUGCCUGGAGAAGCUGGUCUGAAAGGAGAAACCAGUAGGAUAGCUCCAUUGCCUGCAUUGCCAGGGCCUCAAGGACCAGAUGGCUUACCCGGGCCCCCAGGAGUGCCUGGUAGGGUUGGAACAAGUGGUCAGCCAGGUGAUGAGGGGCAUCCAGGGCCAACAGGUGACACAGGCUUUCCAGGGCUUGGGUUUCCUGGAAAUCCAGGCCCAAAAGGAGAUAAAGGACUUCCUGGAAGCAGAGGGGCACCAGGUUGUGAAGGAAAGAUUGGAGAGCCAGGCCGGGCUGGAAAUCUAGGACAACCAGGAGAAAAGGGUGACCCAGGCAUGAUUAUUCCUGGAGAGCCAGGCAAACUAGGUUCACCAGGAGGUCGUGGCAUUCCUGGCCCAAAAGGUGAUACUGGAUUUCCAGGACUUCCAGGCUUACCAGGGCAUGCUGGACGUGAUGGCAAUAGUGGCCUAAGAGGAGAUCCAGGCUCAUCUGGUGUUCCUGGGGAUCCAGGUUUUCCAGGGAAGCCUGCUGAAUGUCUUAUUGGCCUGCCAGGUUUGCCAGGUGCCCAGGGAGCUACUGGCCCACCAGGAAGAAGAGGUUCAUUAGGUUCAAAAGGCAAACUAGGUCCUCCUGGUUUGGGUAUCCCAGGAAUUGAUGGAAAGCCUGGGGAACCUGGAUUAAUAGGUCUCCUGGGAAACACAGGAUUACCUGGUCUCAAGGGACAGUCUGGAAGGCCAGGAGUCUUCGGUGUGCCAGGCCCUAGAGGAGAGCCAGGUAUAAUGGGCCCAUUAGGAAUUCCUGGACCCCCUGGCAGGAUUGGAAGUCCAGGCAACCCUGGUAUCAGAGGUUCUUUCGGCUCCCCAGGGCUAAAAGGAAGAAAAGGGUUUCCUGGAGCACAAGGUGAACCAGGUGACAAAGGUUUUCCUGGACCAUCUGAAACCUUGGUUGUGAUUGGAAAUAAAGGAGAACAAGGCUCAAAAGGAGUCCAAGGAAGAAUGGGCCUAAAAGGAGAAAAAGGAGAUGCAGGUGUCCAAGGUCCCCCAGGUCUUACUGGAUCUGAAGGAGUACCUGGUGUACCAGGUGUCAAAGGAUUUAUGGGUCUUCCAGGGAUUCCUGGAGGACAAGGAUUUCCUGGUGCACCAGGAAACAAAGGGAACAUGGGAAUUCCAGGUCAAAAAGGGCAGAAGGGAUCUCCAGGCUUUCCAGGAACUUCAGGUGACCCUGGUCCAACAGGCUAUGGUGGCUUUCCAGGUGAAAAAGGAGACCCUGGGCACCCAUCUCCUGGACUCCCAGGAGAACCUGGUCCAAAGGGAGAUCCAGGGGCUCCUGGGGCUUUGGGCAGGAAAGGAGAAAAAGGAUCCCAAGGUCAGCCAGGACAUAAAGGAGCACCAGGACUACCCGGGUUUAGAGGAGAAACAGGAGUUGCUGGAAACCCAGGGAAACUUGGACUUCCUGGAGAUGUUGGUGUUAAAGGACAGCAGGGCCACCCAGGACAACAGGGUGUUACAGGUCCUCCUGGUGCUGCUGGAUACCCUGGAGAAAAUGGACUUGCUGGUGAAAGAGGUAAUCAGGGUCAGGAUGGUAUGCCGGGUGCCCCAGGAGUAAAGGGAGAACCAGGAGCACCAGGGAGAGGAAUCCCUGGCAUUCAAGGUGUUCCUGGUCGUAGAGGAGUCAAAGGGGACAUGGGGCUGCCUGGUUUUCCUGGGCCACCAGGUAUGAAAGGUCAUCAGGGUGACCAAGGACCCAUUGGACCUCCUGGCUUAAUGGGAUUACCUGGAUUUCAAGGAGCAACGGGCAUGGCAAUUACUGGCCCAAAAGGCAAUAGAGGCAUUCCUGGUGCAGAUGGAAGACCAGGUAUUCCUGGUUUUCAAGGGCUGCCUGGUCUUCCCACUAUGAGCAUAAAAGGAAGCAAAGGUGUUAGAGGAGCAGAUGGCAUACCAGGACCAAUGGGCCCAGCUGGUGACAGUGGUCCUCCAGGUCCAAAAGGAGUAGAAGGUCGACCAGGUUAUCCUGGUGCUAGAGGGGAUCCUGGCUUUCUUGGAUUUCCAGGUGUAAAAGGAGAAAAGGGUAAUCAAGGACCACCUGGACCACAAGGGGCAGAAGGACCAAGGGGACCAAAAGGCCAACCUGGUCCACCUGGUGUCUCUGGGAGAAUAUUCUCUGUCCCAGGGAGCAAGGGGCCUCCUGGACUACCAGGAAUCCCAGGAACACCAGGUGAUCAAGGAAUUCAAGGGAUUCCUGGACUACAAGGACCUAAAGGAGUAAAAGGUCUACCAGGAAGUUUUGGUCGUCCAGGUCAACCAGGACGGCCUGGUCCAAAAGGAGACAGGGGAUUUCCAGGACAAAGAGGGCAACCUGGAUUGAUUGGCUUCCCUGGCCUACAGGGAUUGCCUGGAUCACCAGGUACUACCACCACUGGUCCAACAAGAAGAGGUUUUAUCUUCACUCGACAUAGUCAAUCAACAAAGAUUCCUUCAUGCCCACCUGGGACAUCACAAAUCUACAUUGGCUAUUCACUGCUUUUUGUACAAGGAAAUGAACGAGCACAUGGACAAGACCUCGGAACAGCUGGUAGCUGCUUGCAGAGAUUUACAACCAUGCCAUUCUUAUUCUGCAACACCAAUGAUGUGUGCAGUUUUGCUUCUCGCAAUGACUAUUCAUACUGGCUGUCAACUGCAACAGCAAUGCCAGUAGACAUGGCACCAAUUUCUGGUAAAGCACUAGAGCCCCAUAUAAGCAGAUGCAUUGUCUGUGAAGGACCUGCAAUGGUAAUAGCAGUUCACAGCCAAACAACUGCAGUUCCUGCAUGUCCAGGAGGCUGGAUAUCUCUCUGGAAGGGCUUUUCUUUUGUUAUGUAUACAAGUGCUGGCUCAGAAGCUUCUGGUCAAGCAUUGGCAUCUCCUGGAUCUUGUCUAGAAGAAUUUCGAGCCAUCCCAUUCAUAGAGUGCCAUGGCAGGGGAACGUGCAACUACUACACAAACUCCUACAGCUUCUGGUUGGCAUCGCUAAAUCCGAGAAGAAUGUUCAGGAAACCUAUGCCACAGACAUUGAAAGCAGGAGAACUAGAAAACAUCAUCAGCCGUUGUCAGGUCUGCAUGAAGAGACCAGUCUAAAUAAUGGCCAGUCUUGACAGAGCAUGAAACCCUGCUUUUAUUGCAAAGAAUUGCUUAAAUAUGGAGAGCUAUAAUUUAUUAAAGUCCAACUGCACCUGGAAAGAAAACUAUGAUUGCCAGUGCAGCACUGUGGUGAGGUAGGGCAACAGUUUGACUUUUGUCUUUGGCAAAUGACAAAGCACUUUGUUGGAGUAGGCUUGUAAUGACACAGUUCUGGAGAAGACCCUGCAGACUGUCAUCUCUAAGCUGCAUCUUCAUGAAAAAAUCUGUGGCAUUGCCAAAUCUUUAAUGAAGGACAUUAAUGCUGCCUUGUGUCAUGUGCUUUUCAAAUGGCAAGACAAACAAAAUGCUCUAAUAUCAGCUUACAGAUGAUCAGUGUUCAAAGCAGGUAUAAUUUAAGAUGAAAAUCUGGCACUUACAAGAGACAGGGUUCAAUAUGAAAUAUUUUCAGUGCACUUUUAAAUACAUAUUGAUUAAUUUUAGGGUUGGUUUGGUUUGGUUUUUUUUUGUUUAAUAAACAAGCAUUUCCCCACUUAGCUCACCUUUCCAUGGCUGGGAAACAGGCAUACAGUCUUAUUUGUGUCACUGCAAUAAUAAUGACUUUCAACUAGCCAGAAAGGAAGCUACACUGUGCAUAGACACUACAGGGCUGAUGCACACUGGCUGUGUUCUCUUGAGUGACUUCAGCUAAGUGCUGCCUAAUUGAAAGUGUAAGAAAACCUUCUUUAGACACCAUGCUUUUGACAUAGAUUAUGGGAUCUUAAAAAUUCUUCAGAACUUGACAGUAUUGAGCCUUUAUUUUGUUCCCAUGUUUUUGCCUCUACUAAAGAACAAACAUUUAGCAUAUCAUAAUUUAAGAAAUCAGCAGAAUUUACAAUGACUCUGUGGUUCAGGAGCUCCCACAGCAUUAUUGGGUUAUUACAGAGCCUCCAGGGAGUAAUCUGUAUUUCAUUUUCUUAAUAUUCAAUUCAGAAAUAUUUAUCACAAAUUAUAUACUAUUUUGAAAUAUUGAGCACAAACACUCCUUCAAAUUUCAUUUAUUCCAUCCAGUUAAAUUCAUGCAUCCAAAACUGAAACAAGAUUUAUACUUAAAUUGUACCACUGAGCACUGACUUAACAAGAGAACCCAACUGCAAAUGAACAUGAAUACUUGAAAAGCACUUUCAUUUUCUCAUAUAACUUAUAUAAAAUUGUAGCUCUGAUUUUUUAAAAAAUAUUUGUAACAUUGCACUUGCAAGGCUAUUUAAAAUUGUAAUGUUAACAUUUAAAAUGUUAAUAUUUUAAUACUUGCACAAAUUAUCAGAAUUCCAGUAUUUAGUUUUAUAGUAGAAGCCUAAUUCAUCUGAAGAGUUCUGUAAAUAUACCAUUUUAAAUGUAAGGCAAAGCAAUACACUGAAAUAGCCAAGACUUCUCCUUUAGAUCUUUUUUAAGCCAGUGAAAGUUUGUAUUGUUUCUGUUGAAAUACUUGCAUUAUGUUUGUCUGUUUGAAAUUUUCAGUGUUAAUCUAACUAUGAAACAGUUUCAUCUGUGUUUCAUGUCAUUAUCUUCUGAAGGAGGUGACUUGAAGAUACCAUUUCCAUGAACUAAAUGAAUAUUUUAAAAGUAUUGUUAGCUUGAACAGUUGUAUGUUUGCAGGGUAUAAUUGUGAAUUUGCAGGUUUUUAUGAAGAAUCUCUAUGCAAAUGCACUACUGAUAAGAAGGUAUCAAUGUCAAGUUAAUAUUUAGUCUUUCAUUUAAAUAAGGUUUGGUGAUGGAGGUGUUUUAAGACAAUCCCUUGUGAGAUUUUUUACUAUAAGCUCUGAAAUUUCUUUAAAUACUCAAAAUCUAUGCCCAUUGCUUUUUAAGAUUUUUUUAAUUAAGGCUCAGUGCAGUCACACAAAGCCAUUGUAUACUGUGUAUAACUGAUGACUCAAGACACAACUGUAAAGCUUACUAGCAAAAUACAGGAUAUGAGUAAAUGUGUAACACUAAA